GCAGAGCCCAGGCGGAGGCCUCCCGGCAGGAGCUCGGACGCGAGCUCCGCUCUCCAUGGCAGGAGAGCCCCAGCGACUCGCACUCCGCGGAGGUCGUCCUAUCUCAGGCCUUCCAGUGGCUCCACGUGCCGGCCGUGGUCCGUGCCGGGCGGGCGUGCCGGUGCUGGCGCGCCUGGUCCAGGCAGCUGCCAACCCGCAUCGCAGACCAGAAAACGAUGGAUGCCAUGCUGACGUUCUGCCUUCUCGAGGUCCUCUCGGAGUUCUCCGACGCGCGGCUUCCAUUCCCUUUGACCGCCGUUUACGGCGAGAUGUGUGCCAAGGCGCGCGAGGCGACCACCGUGGAGGGCCUCUCGGGCCGCAUGGCCUCCUUCGUGUGCUCGGCCCACGCCCCGGCGGGGGCCCGCAUGAGGCACGCGCAGCACGUCGUCUGGGGCCUGGACGUCAGGCAGUCGAGCUUCAAGAAUCUUGAGAAGAUGUGGCGGCACUUCCACAGCAAGCGCCUCAUCGACGCCCAUCAGCAGCGCUGGUACAAGUCCAUGAAAAACGGGAAGAACACGCGGACAUGUUGUGAAUGGCUGCUCACCCGGGUCAAUUUCGGGCACCAGGCGUUCGGCGACUACGCGGCAGCACGUUGAAUCUUGAAGCCGACUGGCCGUUAGAGCAGAGCAUGGUUUCAAUUAUCCGGCUUGAGGGCACAGUCGAAGAGGACAGAGGGAG